AUGGCGGCGCCCGUCGCCGUCGGUGUGAGUAACGAAGAACCGACCGAUAAAUCCACUAACGGACCCACAGAAACCACUUUAGAGAAUCCGAAACGUCCGCAGUUCGGAAACCGCUUCUUGACCGACCCUCGCCAAGUUUUCCAGCACAACGCCUGGGAUAACGUUCAGUGGUCGGAGGAGCAGGAGGAGGCUGCCCGUAAAAAAGUGGAGGAGAACAGUCAGCCCCUCCCACCCGAAAAACAAGAAGAAUUUGAUGUGCGAGCGAGCGAGUAUUGGAACGAGUUUUACACAAUCCACGAAAACCGGUUCUUCAAAGACCGACACUGGCUUUUCACGGAGUUCCCUGAGUUAGCUCCUAAACACCAGCAGAGCCGGAGCUCCACGGAAGGGGUCUCAGGCAGCACGGAACCCGCUCCGAGUGCGCCGAGCCUGGGGCUGACUGCUGAGGAUUCCCCUGGGUCACGCUCCGAACUGGACUUCCCUGGAGCGUCAGCAUCCUAUCGUAUUCUGGAGGUAGGCUGCGGAGUAGGAAACACAGUCUUUCCCAUUUUGAAGACUAACAAUGAUCCAGGGCUGUUUGUCUACUGCUGUGAUUUCUCCAGCACUGCCGUGGACCUGGUCAAGUCUAAUCCGGAAUAUGAUCCAUCACGGUGUUUUGCCUUCAUCCAUGACCUGAGCGAUGAGGCGGCCACGCUUCCCGCGCCGGAGAGCAGCCUGGACGUCAUCGUCCUCAUAUUUGUGCUGUCUGCACUUCACCCAAACAAGAUGCAGGGAGCGAUCAGUAAACUGGCCCGUUUGCUGAAGCCUGGUGGAGUUUUUUUGUUGAGAGAUUACGGACGAUAUGACAUGGCACAACUUCGCUUCAAAAAAGGAAGAUGUUUGUCUGAGCAUUUCUACGUGCGAGGGGAUGGGACUCGAGUCUACUUCUUCACACAAGAUGAGCUGCAUAACCUGUUCACUGGUGCAGGAUUGCACAAGGUCCAGAACGUGGUGGACCGGCGUCUGCAAGUAAACCGCGGAAAGCAGCUGACUAUGUACCGCGUGUGGGUGCAGUGCAAGUACCGAAAGAGUUCCACAGCAACCGGAGAGUCGGGGACACAGGAGUGAUGAAAUGAAAUGCCGAAUCCGGAAGCGGAACUGGAAUGAGAAGGGGAUCCGGAGUCAAUUGUACAGGGGGAUUUGUUUGGAGGCCUCAGAAUGAUACACAGAUCGCUUGAACGUGAUUUACAGCUGAUGGCGAUCACUAAGGAUUGGUUAUGAUGUUUAAAUGGUGGCCAGUGAUGGACCAGAUAACCUCUGUAUUCCUGAGACUGUACGUCCAAACCCAGCCCAGAGGUGCAUGUGGACAAAAGACUACACUUCCCAUCAUGCACCUACAUGUAUCUGACUGACUUUCUUCUCAUGUGAAAUGGUUAUGAAUACUUUUAAAUACACUCUUUUAC